AGCUCUCAAGGCUCCAAGGCUGAAGCGUCACUGCACCCACAAUGGACUGAAAUUCAGUCAAAUGACAUCUUCAUUUUUCAUUUAAUCUCAUAUCUCUUCUACGCACAUAUUUAACUUGAAAAGAAAUCCACAGCACAUAUAUCGCUUCGACACUUGACAAUGCAAGCGCAUUUCCCCUCCCCCGCCAAUGCGGGGAACUCAAUCCGCCUGCGCGGCUUCACAAUCACCACACGCAAACUUCCUAUAUUAAAAGCCGGACCGAUCGAAGAUAUGACAGAUAAACUCGGAAUCAACCCCCCGGAAAUGAUCUUUGGUGAUAACCUCGUAGCCAUCGAGCACGAGACGAGCGGCUGGGGAAUCCAAUUCAAUGCGUUUGAUGCGCUGGACAGAGUAGACAAGACUGGACAGUCGAUGCUGCAAGUGGCAUAUUCAAAAGAGUGGCAGCGGAAUCGAGAAAAGGUUCACGAAGGGAUCAAAGAAGUCGUCAAGCCGUUUGACUGGUCCUACAGCACAGACUACAAAGGCACAACUACAUCCUCGGGACCGACGUUCCAACCCUCAGAGACGCGAAUCCCGCUCGAGCUCUUAAAAAGGCCUGACCCAAUAAAAUUCUUCGAUGAUGUUGUACUGUAUGAAGAUGAGCUGGCGGAUAAUGGCAUUGCCAUGUUUUCAGUCAAGGUUCGAGUCAUGCCAGAUCGAUUACUCCUCCUUUGCCGAUUUUUCAUGCGCUUGGAUGAUGUCGUGUUCAGGAUACGGGACACAAGAGUAUUCGUGGAAUUUGGGACAGGAGAUGUGAUACGGGAAUACAUUGCGAGAGAAGAGAAAUUUGAUACGGUUCGGAGGAAACUUGCCAUUACGAGAGAAGAUGUCCCUGCGCUGAUGCGUGAUUCGAAUCGAUUGUCAGAGCUGCUUCCCAUUGUGGAUGGAACUCUGGAGCAUUUGAAUGUGCUGCAGCCUCAAGGCGGUGGCACUGCGUCUGUGGCCGGCGCAACGUAAAGAUCAUGCGGCCAGGGAUGAUAAAAUUUAAACAUGGGAUUAUCUAUUUGCAUCUUUGCAUGAUGCUUGACGCACGGAAGACGAUGGGACUUAUUUCUUUACAAAUGUACAUAUAUUAUAGCG